CUUGCUGCUUGCAGCAGCCUGGCACCAGGCUCUACCUUGACCAUAGUAGGUCCGCCACCGCAUCAGGGUCACAGGCUGCAAGUUUUUAGUUUGCAGUAGAAAGAUUUGAACCCAGGGCUUCGCCAUUGCCGAGCUUCAUCCCCAGCUUCUUUGUGGGGACUCGCUAAGCUACCCCCCAACCCACCACCUCCCUGAUUAGCUCAGAUUACAGAAAUGAGGAACCAGGCCUGGGUCUUUAGUUUUGUUGGUUUGGUUGUUUUUUGUUUGUUUGUUUGUUUUUGAUUUUGUUUGUGGUUUUUGUUUUUGGAGACAUUUCUGUUUUUGAGACAGUUUCUCUGUGUAGUAUUGGCUGACCUGGAAUUCUUUAUGUAGCCGGGGCUAGUCUAGAACUCAGAGAUCUACCUGCCUCUGCCUCCCAAGGCCAACUUUAAAAACAUUUUUUUAUUACUUCAUUUUGUAUGGAUGGAUGUUUUGCCAGCAUGUAUGUGCCACCAGUGCGUGACUGGUGCCCAGAGAGAAAAGAACUGGGCGUCGAAUUUCCUUGAAACUGGGCUUACAGGAUAUUACAAGUCACCGCAUGGGUGCUGGGAAUUGAACUCCAGGUCUUCUGGAAGAGUAGCCUCUGAACCGUCUCUCCAGCCCGUAUUUAAAAUUCACAAUCUUUUCAGCUCUGGCUGUGUGAUUUUAGUUAAGCACUUUGGUGGGUUGAGGGUUUUGUUGUUUGUUUCAUUUUCUUUUAAUUUUUUUUUCUACCGUUGUGCCAUGUGCAUAGUAGGUGUUUGUUGGAUCUGAUGAUUUGAAUCAUACUGAUGUAGCAGAGAGUAGGGGCAUUAGUGAGUGAAUACCAUACAGGGUUGUGGGAAUCAUGGCAGAGAAGUGAGAUCUGAUCACAUCAAUUUCAAGGAGAGCUUGCUAUUGGGGAUUCUAGGAAUUUCUGAAUAUGUGUUUAUUCAAAAAGUUCUUAAGAAUAAAGUGCCAGCAUUUGCUAAUUAGAGAAGCCAUGGCUGUUCGGUAAUCAGGUAAUUCCUUACCCUGGGAUCUUGGUAUAUAAUAGAUUAACAAGUAACAAAGUACUAUGUUUCUGUAAAGCAGAAAGCCUUGAAGUUACUCUUUUACAUAGGUUGAUGGAAACUUACCUCUGAGCUGAAGGAGGAAAUAGUGAUGCUGGAAGAACUGAUAUGAACAAGUGGGGUGUACAGGUGGUUGGGGAGCAUGUAACCCUAGAGCCACCAUACUUGACCACUGAUUGUCUAGAUUUGGUGGGCCUAGAGACAUUGGGACUUAAAGUCGGAUUAAGAAAUACUCUGUUCCAGUUGAUCAGUGCGGAAGAGCAGUUCAGUAAAUUAUUGAUAAAUGUAUAAACAAAAUGGACACUGGAAAUCCUGGACUUCCUCUUGGAUGAAAUCCCCAGGAAUUCAGUUAAUGGCUGUUUAAAACAUAAAAACCACCACCAAUAACAACAACAAAAGAAAAAGCAAAAUAAAACCUGGAGUAAGUCCUUUAGUUAAAUACUUGUCAGAGGUAUUUUUGCUGGUUGGAAAACAAAACAGAUGCAUAUACAAUGCUACACAUAUACAAGAAGGGCCUGCAGACCCACUGAUUCAUUCAGGUGUCAAAGUAUAGUGUAUUGGGUAUUACUAUUUGUCAAUAAGAAUGCCUAGCUGACCAGCAAGCCCCAGAGAGCCUCCUGCCUCCUUUUCCCAGCACUGGGAUAACAGAUGGGCACCCGAACACUUGGCUUUUUUGCCUCUGUGGGUUCAAGGGAUAACACCUGGGUCCUUAUGCUUACGUGGUGAGCACUUUACUAACUGAGCCAUCUCAUCUGUUGCCAACAAUCUUGUCUGGAAAAGAAGCACCAACCUUCAGGUAGGAAAUUUAAACUGAGCAGUUCCUCUAAGUUGUUAUUCGGAAAAUCAGUCUUAGCUCAAAUAAAAAAGAGCUAGAGCUGAAGAAGGCUCUGCUUACUAAAAGGCUCUGAAAAUGGAAGUGCCGCAUUUAGCAGAUAAAGGUGCAUGACUGUCCACUUAGAUGGGGUUAACUUUUUAGCAAUAUGUAGGACAUAACUGAUAAUCCAUUAUCUAAAGCACAGAUGUGCAUAUGCAGCUAAUUCUGUAUCUGGCAACAACUGUAGACAGUUCUACUUUAACAGUAACACCAGAGAGAUCCUUACUUAAAAAAAAAAAAAAUAUGCAGUGACUGGGACUGAAGAGAUGGGUCAGCAGUAAAGAGCACUGGCUGCUUUUCCCAAAGACCUAGGUGGAAUCCCAGCACCCACAUAGCAGAACAACUGUAACUCCAGUUCCAUGGCGUCUGAUGCUGUACUUUCUAGGUUCCCAGCCCUGCAGAACACAGACAUCCAUGCAGGCCAAGCACCGAUACAUGUAUUGCUCUUUUGGUUUUGUUUGUUUUAAAUGCAGUGAUUAGACAGGCAGUUUAAUUUUCUACAAUUAACCCAUCAAAGAUUAUACUGCUUUAGCGACUUGGAUUUCUAAAAAUAAACUUCCUGAGUUCCAGGAUGACCUUUCCCCUCUUUCGAGACAGUUUCUAGCCCAGACUGGCCUCCAGGGAUGUGGCUGAGGAUGACCUUGAAUUUGUCAUCAGUCAGCCUCCCAGAAGCUAAGAUUUUAGGAGUGUUCUUCACUUUUUCUACAAUGCUGGGACUUGAACCCAGGACUUUCCGUCUGCUUCAGGGAGUUCAGGGCAGAGUAUAAUGACAGUUUCCUGCUCCAGGCCAUCUGCAGAAAGAAUUGUGGAUUUUCUUUCUCCUGUAUUGAGGAUCAGUUCUACCUUGUUUUCGCCUUCAGUACUCUAUCAGAUUCUUUCCUUGGGUUCCAAGUUUUUGGGUCCCUAUAAGAAAUGGCAGCCAGCACCUCCAUCUCGUUCUCUCUUUCAUCCAGAUCACCCACCAAGUUGGGUGUCUUAUAAUAGCUGCCAUCAUGAGCUGCUAGCAGUCUCAUCCCACACAUGCCGUUCAAGGACUACAGUGUAUUCGCUUGUUCCCUCAUAGUAUUUGCACAGCAGGCCCCACAGUUCCUUGCAUUAACUUUCCCUGUUUACCACAGCUGGGGCACCAGCCACAAACCUAAACAAUGAUCCCACCAAAAUAACCGCUGGUGGACCAGGGAGUUUAUUUGGCUUAUGGUAUAGAGUAUUGAUGAGAUUAUUUACAGGAAUAUGGGUAACCCCCUCAUGAAUAACAGUCUCCUGGAAGUUGCAUCCUUGAGUCCUUCCUGCGGUUAUCCUGCCACUUCAUUUUGUGUGAAGUGCUUACCGUUCCUUUGCCAUUCUAGUCUCGAUGUAUCAGUUAGUUGCUAUGGUUACCAGAUCAUGUAAUCUCUCCGCCAGGAUGCUGUGGGGUGAUUUCCCUGUGUCUAGAGGUAGAAGACAUUUGCGGUUGACCUACCAAAGAGAUUUCUAGACAAAAUAAAAGAGGGGAAACGUGGUAGAUUCAAGGGUGAUGGAUCCGUGCUCGGUCGGAGUCCAGCUUCGCACCACACAUGACUGCCAUAAAACCUUCUACACUCGGCACACGGGCUUCAAGACAUUGAAAGAAUUGUCAUCAAAUGACAUGCUUUUACUUCAGCUUAGAACUGGAAUGACACUUUCUGGGAAUAAUACGAUUUGUCUCCAUCAUGUAAAAAUUUAUAUUGAAAGAUUUGAAGAGUUACAGAAGUCAUGUUGUGACCCAUUUAACAUACACAAAAAGCUAGCCAAAAAGAAUCUACAUGUAAUUGACUUAGAUGAUGCCACUUUUCUGAGUGCAAAGUUUGGAAGGCAGCUCGUACCUGGUUGGAAGCUUUGCCCAAAAUGUACCCAGAUCAUCAAUGGAAGCGUGGAUGUUGAUUCAGAUGACCGCCAGAGACGGAAACCCGAGUCAGAUGGAAGGACUGCUAAAGCUCUGAGGUCACUACAGUUUACAAACCCAGGAAAGCAAACUGAAUUUGCUCCAGAAAGUGGUAAAAGGGAGAAAAGGAAGCUCACCAAAAAUGCAAGCGCUAGUUCUGACAGACAAAUUAUUCCAGCAAAGAGUAAGGUGUAUGACAGCCAGGGCCUGCUGAUAUUCAGCGGCAUGGACCUCUGCGACUGCCUGGACGAGGACUGCUUGGGAUGCUUCUACGCCUGCCCCACCUGUGGCUCCACCAAAUGUGGGGCGGAGUGCCGCUGCGACCGCAAGUGGCUGUAUGAGCAGAUAGAGAUUGAAGGAGGCGAGAUAAUCCAUAAUAAACACGCUGGCAAAGCAUAUGGUCUGUUAUCUCCCUGUCACCCAUAUGAUAUUUUACAAAAGUGAUCGCCAAAUAUUGAUCAGCAAAGAUGAAAACGCGGCAAAGACACGAACAAUGACCUUUCUGGAAGUGAAAUUUGGAUCAGUCAUAAAUGGAAUUGUGGAUGCCACCGCUGGUCAUGGGAGUGUUGAUUACCGCUGCUGUCGUUGAGACGUGUGCAUCAGAGGAACCUGGUGAGGGAACUGACACACAUUGCCGAGAGAAGCAGCUGGGAUGAGCAAGAAGACUGUCCCAGACAAAGUUACGGUAAAAACUUAACAUAAAGGCUGUUUACUGUAAAUAGAUUCGUCACAGCAUUGAAACGGUCAGAAAGGUUCCUGUCACUGUUACUAACACACCAGUCAGAGGCUAUUCAGACGACUUUAGGCAAUACAAUAAAACUCUUAAUUCUCAAUACAUAAACUUUAAUUUUCUUGUCCAUUUAUAGCUAUAAGUUUUUAAUAUUUUGAUGGAUAUUUAAAGGUCAUACAGCAAUCCUCUUUCCCCUUGAUUAUUAGCAUUUCUUUAGUGCAUCGCCUCACAGUGCUGUACAAAUAGAUAGGCCCAGCCCUUAGCUGGGAGCAGCACCUGUGACACAGAAAACUGAUUUUCAUGCAACACAGUAAGUGGCUAUUUUGAAAAUAAACUAGAUACCUAAGUGCUGAAACACAGUUCUUUUUCCUCCAUCUGGAGAGGAACACAGUGUUCAUUGCACCUUCAGCGUCUCAGUUCUUAAUCUAUGCAUUCGUGGUAAAGAUUUGUACUUGAAGAAAACUCCGUUCCUCUUUUUCCAUAUAAAGCAUGAGUGUGUACUACAUAAAUGGCUGCACCUUUGUCUCGGUCACUGUUCUGUGCUGUGAGGAGACACCAUGGCCAAGGCAACGCUAGUAAAGAAGAGCAUAUUGAGGGUUUACAGUUUCAGAGGGUUACCCGUUACCAUCAUGGUUGGGGAGCAUGGUGGCCUGCAGACAGAUGUGUCAGUAUCAGAUCUUUAUGUCCUUACCCACAGUCAAAGAGAGACUUAGCCAGACAUGGCUUUUGAAACCUCCAUGCUCACCACCAGUGGCACACGUUUCCAACAAGGCCGCCCUUCCUAAUUCUUAUCAAAUAGUGCCACUUCGUGGUGAGUAAGCAUUCGAGUGUAUGACCCUGUGGGGGCCCCUGAUUCAAAUCAUCACAGCAGUAUUUCUGUGCUGUUAAAACUGGAUAGAUGUGAGGGUUGAGAUUUCUAAAAAUGUCCCUUAAGAGAGUGAUGAAAACAUGGAGAAGCUGGAACGUGUGGAAUAGAAGUAAGGUUUCCGCGUCCUGACGGAGUCUUGCUGAGAAGUCAGAAUGGGGGUCUGUGGGUCAAGGGAGCAUCUCCAGCACUUCUUACCAACUAAAGCCUUUCGAAGGUUCUUGUUCCUGAGUCUUUAGCAGCUUAAAAUACUUUGAAGCAUGGAAGCCAGUUUGAGUUUUCCAGUACACUAGCAUUUUUGUUCAGUUGGUCAUCUCUGUACUACACUUGAUUGCUUUUCUUUGAUAAAAUGCUGUUUCAUUUCCAACUUGGAAUUAAAUGUGCUGUCACUUAGGGUUUCUCUCUCUCUCUCUCUCUUUUUUUUUUUUUUUUUUUUUCUUUUUUUCAGAGCUGGGGACCGAACCCAGGGCCUUGCGCUUGCUAGGCCAGCGCUCUACCACUGAGCUAAAUCCCCAACCCCUAGGGUUUCUCUUUGACUCAAGUGUCAGAAGCCUAGUGAGCAAGUCAUUAAAUCCGAAUGUCAGAGAGGAGUCAAAACGUUUUUAACUAUUUUUAAUUUAAAAGGUAUAAUUAUUUACUUUUUCUAAAUUAAGGAAAUGUUUUGCAGGGCCACAGAUAGACUCCGGUUUUAUCUGAACCCUUGGAAUCAUUUGGUUUUAGUCAUUUUUUGUUUCCUUUUUUGUUCCCAAGUGUGAGUUAGGGCUGCACAUUGCUCAUGCUUUUCAGAGGAAACUUGUGCGUGCAUGUGCGUGUGUGUGUGUGUGUGUGUGUGUGUGUCUGUGUGUGUGUGUGUGUGUGUGUGUUUUCCAUUCUGUUUUCCUUGGAGCAGGCAGGGCCUUACACUGUAACCCAGACUGGCCCUGGACCUCUGCAGCGCUCGUAGCACAGCCUUUUUCAUGCUGGGGUGACAUGUAUGUGUUAUCAUGCUGCUAAAACUGAAGAUUUGGACAUUUAUUUUUACUUACAAUGGGAGUAUAUUUCUAAUGGGGAAAAGACUAUAUAAAAAUGGCUAUAUUUAAUCAUUCCUUAGAGCAGAACUGUUCCUUUUAUGAAGAGAAUAGUAACUUUUUUCAAGGGGAAGUUUUCUCAACAGUUUUGUUGUUUGUUUUUGUGUGUGUUUGGGGACUAAACAUACUGUAGAGUUAUAGACAAAAGUAUAUCUGAUCUUAAGUAAACUAAUAAAAACUGUAUUUUAGAAAUAAGCAAUGCAGGCUUACUGUUUAAUUUUUAAGUAUGUGUGAGAGAGAUCUUAAACUAAUAAAGACUAUUUUAGAAAUAAA